CAUUACUUAUUGGCAACUAAAUCAUCUAACACUGCCCAAGAGUUUGCUGAAAAAACAAAGCAAGAUUUGAUUGAUGAGUUCUUCUUGAGUGGCGCUAAUAGUGUCCCUGAGCUGGAAGGAGGAUUAUACUUAAAAGCAGAAGGCAAGAAAUCAUGGAAGAAACAUUUCUGUAUGCUAAGAGGAUCUGGUAUUUAUUAUUGUCCAAAAGGAAAAUCAAAGUCAUUGAAGGACCUUGUAUGUUACGUACAGUUUGAACACAUUGAUGUUUACAAUGGUGUUGGAUGGAAGAAGAAAUAUAAAUGUCCCUCUGACUUUUGCUUUGCACUAAAGCAUCCUCAAAUCAUGCAGAAAUCCAAGUACAUUAAAUAUUUGUGUGCAGAAGAUUACAGAACAACACAGAAAUGGAUAACAGCUAUAAGAAUAGCCAAGUACGGAAAACAACUACACAUGAGUUAUAAGUUGACUCAGAAAGAAAUGAGAGACAAUGGCAGUAAUCUGAGCAGUCUACGAAGCAGCGAUACGAGUUCCAUGACGAGUAUGCAGUCAAGUAGCAGUACGCAGAGUUCACAAGGUACCGCAUCAAUGGCAAGUCCUGCCAGCUCUCAAAGCUCAUCGUCGGCUAUCCCACAAUCCUCUGUUACAAGAUCCAAGUCUGAUAAGUCUAAUCUCAUGACUAAUACUAGUAGUAGAAACACACAAGAAAUGUCCAGCAGUGGCAGCAUUAGUGGUAGAAGUGGAACAUUUUCUCAUAAAGUUGGAGAUGUUUUUGCCAAUGCAUGGAAAAUAGGAAGUGAAAUGCAACAACAGCAAAAGCAAGAAGACCGCAUGUCUGUAUCAUCAACAUUAACUGUGGAUAGUUUUUCUUCUGAAUCUCAGAGUCAGAGUUCUAAAAGCAGUGUUGAAUUAACAAGUGGAACUCCUCAAACUAAACAUCCAGUCAUUGGUGUACCUUUACCAGGGAUACUUAAACCUUCGCCUACCCAUCAUGCAGUGGAACCACCCAAACAUGCAAACGUUGAUAUGGACAUACAGUCACAGUUAUUACAGUUAGAACUUGAUUUAGAGAAACAAAAAACAUACAAUCCAACCCAUCAGCAAAUUUCACCGUGGUCAUCGCCUGUUGCAUCGAAAAGUGGAACGGAUGAAGUAGAUGGCAAUGCCAAUGCCAUCACUAAAGUUCAUGUAACUGCCAAAGAUACAGAGGCUGUUUCUGUUAUUGUAAAACCUCCAACCGGAUUAACUAAGCAUGAAUCACUAAAAAAGAGCAAGCCACCGCCACCUCCAAAAAGGAGUGCUGAUACGGUCACAACACUGUCACGAAGUGUGUCUGUGGGUAGUGCUGCCAGAGGGGGUAUAAGUCCAUUAAGAGACAGCCAAAAGCAUGUUCAGUUUAAGGAGAGCCCUGACAUUAGCUCAUCAGCUCCAGCGAGGCCAAGCUCAGAUGAAAGGUUUCCACCACCGCCAUUCCCUGUCUACCAAAGAUAUUCAGCUUGUAGCACGCCAACAACCCCCAGUUUUCCUGCCCCUCCUUCCCCCUUAACUCCAGGCUUUCAGGCUGGCCUAACAUCACCACCGACACCAAACUAUCCUGCCCCACCACCAUGGAUACCAGCAGAUAAUGAGUCAAGGCCUAGAGCAGCAACCAGUACAGAUAAAGUCAGUAAUCUGGCAAUGAAUGCAGGAUUUCUCGCUGAUUUACAGAAAGCGAUCCGAGGACCACCACAAAAUCCACAACAGGAGACUGGAGAAAAGAAAGCGCCUCCACCACCACCUAAAAGAAGUGGUGAAUCUGCUACAAGUAGAUCAAGCAAAAAACAUCCUCCUCCUCCUCCUCAAAGGUUUACAUAAAUUAAACAUUCCGUUUUUAUACUAUAAAUUUUACCAUUACAUGUACUCCUUAUAGAUUUCAAAGUGUAAGUUACAACACAGAGUGCCAUAUACAAAUUAUAAAGUCCUAAGAUAUUUGUGAACAGACUCUUAUUUGUGAAUGGUUGUCAAGAUCUCAGGAAUGAGAAAACCACAAGAUUUGUUUUUGCUCCCCAAUAAUCUUCCAAUCUUGUCGUAUUCACUGACCUGUAUAACUAUUUGGAUCAGUGGACAUGAUGAAGGAAAAAAAUAGAACACUAUUUGCGGCAGCAAAAAACAAAUUUUGUGGUUCUCCCACCCUCAACGAGAACUCAACGGCCAUUUUUAUCUGUCUAUUGUACUGGUAAACCCAGAUUUUUGAAAUAGACACACAAACAUGGCCAAUCAAAUCAAUCAUUGCUUUAUUCAGUUAAAUAUUUAUACAAGUUUGUACAACGACAUCAGCUGUUAUAAUAUAUGUUUAUGUAUUUCAUGGACCAGAGAUGGUGGCACCGACUGAACCUAAUCCAUUCUUGUUUGUAUUGACUAAAUAGGAGAACAGCAACAUACAACAGUGUUAUUUUCACUUAGUGGAACAUACAACAGUGCUAUUUUCACUUAGUGGAACAUUAAAAUGCAUUCGCUAUUUGAUAUACUAGUAUAUGAAUUCAUUGUCUACAGAUAAUUCACACUACAACAUGCACAAAUUGGACAUACAAUGAAAUGGCAGACAUUAC